UUCACUACAGGUGAGUGACAAUUCAUCUAUAUCCAAUGGACAAAGAGUCUGGUCUUUUGCUGCCCAUCUUGGUGGACCAGCGUAUAGUGAUGUGACAGUUAUGGAGGCCCCGCUUCCAAGCCCGAGGCCCUAGGCAAUUGCAUACACUGUUUAUAGGUAGCGCCGGCCCUGAUCUUAGGGCAGGGGUGAGGAACUCAUUUGGGGUAGGGGGCCACAUUGGCUAAAAUAUCACCUGAGUUGGGCUGAGUGCAAUCAGAACAGUUAAAAUUGAAAUUGCCACUUAUCACCCAAAAUGGAAUUCUGAGGUAAAUUUUCAUAUAACAGCCAUAAUAGAUUAGGCUAACGCACAACAUGAAGGAUAAAAAUGAUACAAGUCCAGACCUAUAAUUUCACCACAUAACAAAUAACCGGCUUUCACAGAAGCAUUGUUAAUUUCCCGACUAUAAGUAAAAACUGAUUGUUGCGUUUUAAGUGCUGCAGCCAAUUCAUUUACCUUGUCUGUCUGUGCCUGGCCAGUAUACUGUACCUCUUCGCAUAAUUUGUAUCGUAAUGCCGUCGAAUGUUAAAUUCUUUGAGGACUACAACUUGCUGGGAGCAAAUUAAACAAAUUGUUUUUUGUUUUUGUUUUUUAUUUCCCAGAAUAAAUAUUCUGUUGUCCAUUUUCUUGGAAUAUACGGCCUUCCGUUUCUUUGAAAGAGAUUUUUCACAUACCUACGUUUUCAUGUUGGAAAUACCCAAAAAUUACAAGUAACCAUUAGCAACAGUAGGCACGUAUAGCCUAAGGAUGCCGACAAAGAGGAUCUCUAGUGGAUAUAUAAGUAACUGCAUCUCUGUGUGUGCGCGCGCGCAUAAUUCUUUACAUUUCCGUAACUUGACUUGUAUUGCUUUACUCACAAACGCAGCAAUAUUGUAAGUGGUAAUUUACUAGUUGUAAUAACGCCAUUCCCAACUCGGCAUGUUCGACGUGCAAAACAGAAAAAUGCGUCUUUUGUCUGCUCCGCCAGAACACGUUAAGCGCAUAAAAGCGGCUUUAAUCGCACUUAUACAGUUACAGUCCUGAGUGGCAAGUGGCACUGUUCUACUAUAGUGAACUUCAAAUAUGCCUACAAUAUUUUUGAAUGAAAUUAUAGUAAAGCAACAACAGGGGACAAUAGCGUCUAGCUUAGCAUCAAGCUAGCCUGCGGACAAUACCGAGGAACUUAGCACAAGCUUGCCUGCUACCGUUAGUGAUAUCUCAAAUGUUGGUGAUUGACCUUCUCAAAACAGCAAUCAGUAUGAUCGCUGUUAUCGUUUUAACCAAGUACCGUGUUUGUAUAUCAACCGAUCUAAAGUCAAUACUGCUAUAAACCAUAGUUUAAAAUGUAUAGAAGGGACACUGUACACACGGUCAUGUUGAUUUGACGUCCCUCCGUAAAUAAGGAAGGAACUGGUAGUUGAGAAGACUACCCCAAGUUGGCGAGUUGAAAUUUCAAGUUGAAGGGGGCCCUUUCGGUGGCUUUGACCGGUUGUAAGCGGGGAAUUACAAGUUGCAACUUCGCCUCGAACGCAGCAAUAUAACUACACUAAGAUAUUUUUUACUGAAAAUACCCGGACGUAAUUCUGGCUAAGCUUGUCUAUGUUUUGUUUUAUUAUUUUUGGAUUCGCUUCAAAUGGUCAAAAUGAGCCUGUCGUUAAGGUGGCCAUGAGAGCUCUUGGUUUUGAGGUGAAGAAAGUUGACGUUAUGAUGAUCGUAAAAGACUUCGACCGAGGAGGCACUGGAAAAAUAACUUAUGAAAUUUUCAAAGAAGUUGUGACUGACAGGAUAUUGGAUCGGGACCCAAAAGAAGAAGUUAUGAAGGCAUUUAAGCUAUUUGAUGAUGAUGACUCUGGGAAGAUCAGCCUGAAGAACCUGCGGCGUGUGGCCAGAGAGCUAGGCGAAGACAUUAGUGAUGAAGAGCUGAGGGCUAUGAUUGAUGAGUUUGACACUGAUGGAGAUGGAGAGAUUAAUACUUCGCCUAAACCAUGGAAGCAUCAGGAGAACAAGGAGAGCAUCAUGACAGUAGUCCCCAGAGGACUGCCACCGAACUCCGGCCAGAGAAGUAUGGAUUGGAGAGCUACCUUUUCCAUUGAGUGUUCCUUUUCCACUGCCAGGUGUACUUCUGUAGCUUGGCAUAUCCCAAGCCUGACAAGAAACAGUGGCUUGGAUGCUUAAUGUCCCGGUUUUGCGGCCCGGCCCGUGACUGGAGGGAGCAGCUGGUACAUACAGGGUCCACCGCCCUCAAGUGACAGGGUCCACCGUCACUCAGUUUGCGGAACUUUUUCUGGAGGAGUUCACACAGCCAGGGCA